GUUUGAGGUUUCAGACUUUAUUUCACUUAGGUCUUACUGUUUUGAGGAAGGAACAAACAUUUGCAUGUGUCCGAGUCUGUGCAUUAUGGCAAAAAUGUGCUGCACAUCUCUUCAUCUCCUUAUUGGUGUCUUACUUGUCCUGACUGAAGCUUUAGAAAAUAAGACAGUGAUCAUGACAACAGGCACGGAACCCACCACUGCUCCAGUUCCAAUGCCUCAUGACAACAUUACCACAUACAAUGACAUGCCAGAGGACUUUAAAAGAAACUUGACCUAUUCAAUCAACAUAAACUCCACUGUUCCCUUGCAAAACACAACUGCUCAGAUCACCACUUCAGCUGAAGUUUCAGGUUCAUCCACUCCUCCCCCUCCCUCUGAACAUCCUCAGACCAGCAAUGACACCAAAGUUAAAGUUCAAUCAACCAUUACAACUAGCAAGAUUGCAAAAACCACCACAACCAGCAAAACUCCAGCAACCACAACUAAAGCACCAGAAUCUAUAAAAAGCUAUGUAUCAGCUUACAUAAUUAUCACGAUUAUUAUUGUUUUGUGCAUCAUUGGGAUAAUAGUUUACUGCUGCCUUCAUAAGAACACCAGGAGGUACUCGGUGGAUUUACAUUCCAAACAGGAAGAGGCUCAGAUCCCACUCAGCACAGUGGAUUUAGAAGUGUCUGACUCCACAUCAGUGAAAGACAUGAAAACAUUUAGUGCUGUGGAGUCCAGCCUGCUGCCAAAGGACUCUGAACCAGUGAAGGAAGAUAAAAGUCCAGGGGGAGAUAAUGAAACUGCUGACGUUAAAAAAGAACACCAUGAGAACUCCCAGGUCAAAGAGAAUCCAAAAGCAGAGGGGCUCGUUGUGGUGGACCUGACUGAUGGAGAGCUGGCCAUCUCUACCAAGACAUCAUUUGAAUCCCUAGAUGAGCCUCUCAAUGAAAACAACAGCAACAAUAUAAGAGUUGAAGUCAAUGACUAUGCCCAAGAAUUCACUGAAAUAUGUCUUGAUGGCCUUCUCUAGAAGAAAUCAACACCUUCUCAGCAUUCCACAAUGAUGUCUGAACCUGAUUAAUGGAUUUUUUUUAACCUGCAAUAAAAGUAUGCUGUAAAUGAAUGCUGUUGCACCAAGGCAAAUGUAACUCAUAAUCAUCACCAUCAUCAUCAAAAAUAAUUCAUUUGAAAGCUAUGCUAGUUAUUGUUUGUGUUGACACAAAUGUUAGUUAAUAACUUCUAUACCUUUAUCCUUUUGGUGCUUCAACAUUUUGGUCACCAUUCACUUAGAGAUAUUUUUCUAAAAAUCAUUUUUGUUCAGCAGAAGAAAGAAAAUCAUACACCUCUGGGAUGGCAUAAGAGUAAAUGUUGAGAGAAUUUUAAUUUUUAGGUGAACUAUCCCUUUAAUAGUUUUUCCCUUCCAAUGUCAAUACACAUUGGCAAGUAAUAAACAACAACAUGAUCAUGUGAUGUUUUGUAUCUUAUUGUAGUUUUCUAUUGCAGUGUCAUGCUCUUUUACUUUGCUUAUUAGUGCUUGUAUCUUCAGUCCAAAGGUAACUAUCACUACCACUGUUAGUUAGCUGAGCUGUUGGAUCAAACCUUGUAUAAUACAAAACAAACUCUUAAUCUAAAGUGAUUUGAGCUGUGGAGGACAUUUUCAACCUGUAAUAAAAAAAGUUUA